CAACCCAGGAUGUAUACACAAUAAACGCAUGUAAUCUGGGUUCAUCUGCAUCCAUAUCUGCUAGAACUGUUUAUGUUGGCGUGACUACCCAAUAUCUUGCCCUCUGUGAGGUUCAGAUAUUUGCUGCACAAUGUACUACUGGAUACUACAGUACAUUACAUUCUACAUGUCAACCAUGUAAUACGUGCCUUAAUGAUAUAUGUGAUCCUAAUACUGGUGUCUGUACGGCUGGAUGUAAAGAUAUAUAUUAUGGGGAUAAAUGUACAACCCAAUGUAGUAAUAAAUGUACAAACAGUAGAUGUUCUACCACUUCUUCGUCCUCAUCACCUCAAUGUACAGAUGGUUGUGUUGAUGGUUAUACGGGUUUCUACUGUCAAUCAACGUGUCCCAAUAACUGUAGAUCAUGUCAGCAAGAUGGGUCAUGUAAUAAAUGCAACCAAGGCUGGUAUGGUACAAACUGUGAAUCUCAGUGUCCUGGUAAUUGUGUCGGAGGGUGUGGUAAGAUCGAUGGUAGAUGUAUUGACUGUAAACCUGAUACAGUUGGUCCAUACUGUAACCUUACAUGUGGUAAAGAAUGUCAACAAAGAGCAGACCAAUCCGCAAUCACAUGUGAUAAAGACGGUAAAUGUACUGAUUGUAUUGUAGGAAAAACUGGAGAUAGAUGUGAUAUGAAUUGUAGUACAACAUGUGAUGGUGGAUGUGACAGAUAUAAUGGUAAAUGUGUUACUUGUAUUAAAGGUAAAACAGGCGACAAAUGUAAUAUCAACUGUAAUGAUAAUUGUACGGUUUGUAAUCAGAAUAACAUCAAUUCUUGUACUGAAUGUAUAGAUGGUAAAUGGGGACAGUCAUGUAAUAAACAAUGUAAUACUAACUGUAAAUCAGUAGUUGGUACAACUGUUGGUAAAUGUAAUAGAACAACUGGAUUGUGUAGUGAAGGAUGCAAAAUAGGAUUAUAUGGUACAGAUUGUAAUAAGGAUUGUAGUUCCUACUGUAAAGAUGGUUUAUGUUAUGAGAUAUCAGGUGAUUGUACCAAUGGCUGUUUACCUGGUAAAAUAGGAUCUAAAUGUACAAAAGAUUGUGAAGCAGGGAAGUAUGGUGAAAACUGUGAAAUUAAAUGUGGUAACUGUGCCCAGAAUGCACCAUGUGAUAUAUUGGAUGGUAGUUGUGGACUUGAUGGCUGUGAUGAUGGUUUUCGUGGCUCAAGAUGUCAAGAAAAGAUAGUAGAUGGUACCAGUAUAAGUCCUAUUGCAAUUGGAGUCAUUGGUGUUUUAUGCGGAAUGGUAGGAACGGUAGCUUUCGGUUUAUCAUAUCAUUUCUAUAAGAAAAGACGCCAGUCAAGUCAAUCGAGAGAAGAAAAUGAUCCCGAUAAUGUUUACUGCAAUACAGAUCUAAAUUCUACUAGAUCUACAACAGAUGAUACAUUAACACCUGCAUAUCAAAACAUUACUACUAACACACGCAAUGUUGAAUAUGAAAACCAGUCGUUUAAUACAGAAGACAACAACACAAGAAAUAUGUAUGAUAUAUUAGAUCACACAUCAGAUAGUGUAAAUAAUACAUACACAACUUUAGAUUUAAACUAAGUAAAGAUCUGUUAAAGAUCCGUUUUAAGGAAGCGAUUUUAUAUAAGCCGAUAAAACUUGUUAUCGUAUCCUAUAUUUAUUAUAUAAAUUUUGUAAAUUUAAAUUAGUAAAAUAUUGUUUAAUUAAGUAAAAUCGACAAAAGACUAAUUGUUGAUAUAAGUGCACUAGGGGGUUAUUCUGUUGAUGAUAGACCAAACCAGUUUUAAAAAUGUUCAUAAAUAAUUUCUCUCUUUAAAACUUUAUUCACAAGAACACACCAUCGGACAACGGACCCCAGGAGACCUACAUGGUGACGAUAUUGGAGAAAACUGAAUUUAUAGGAGAUAAAUCUCUCUUCUUUGGCUCCUACACAAAUGGGUCGCAAUGUAUAUAAUAAUGUAAUAUGAAUUGAUAUAAACUGAUUUACUUUCAA